UUUUUUUCCUUUUUUUUUGUAUGAUUAUAAAGCGUAGUCGUAGUAUAUUUCAUCUCAAGAUUACCGAAAACACAGCUUUACGAGUAGUUUUAUAUGUAGCCAAAGAUGAUAUUGAUUGGUAUAACAAUAACGAUUUGCAUAAUCAAGUCUUAAAAACACUUUAUCCUGUCAUUUUGGAUACUUUACUAAAAGAACAGGAAACAUUAAAGAAACAAUAUGAAUCAAGUCAGCGUAUCAUUUAUGAAAAUGGUUUUCGUAUCUUGUAUAGAUUCACAUUACGCAAUACACAUCAAACUUUAAUAAAAACAGUAAAGCAUGGCAUAAACUAUAAAUACAUGUAUAUAUAUUUUUUCUUUGGACUGAUUGACAGUAUAUUAUUAGGAAAAGAAUUUCAUAUUCAAUGAACAAGACGAAAAGCCUGUUCUUAAUACCUUGUAUAAAUCGCUUUCCAUUCUGCCAUUUCAACUCUUGAUUUCUGUUGACAACCAUUUAGCUGAUAAUCAGCCUACUUUAUUAGAUACUUAUUUAUCAUCAGUUAUUUAAAAAAAAAAUAAUAUUUAUUCUC